ACCCAGCGCGAGAGCAACGCAAUGCGGCGAUCAAAUCGGUAAAGAUGUAAGACCGUGGAGUCACAUCGUCGUCAGCUCUGCGUGCCAGUCUGUAAAGUCACGACGAGGUCUGAGCACCAAAGCGAUUCGAAGCGAGGACGGUCUGUUGUAGUAGCUGCGGGCGCGCGCUAGUGUCGGCAUCGGUGCUGCUCGUAUCCCUUUUUAAUAUCCGCCUUCUCCUCCAACUUUUAGAAACCCAAAAGUAGCAUAGAGAACCGGUUUCUCUCUCUCUCUCUUUUUCUCCCCCUCUCUCUCUCUCUUUCGCUUUCCCUUUCUCUCUCUCUCUCUCUCUUUCUCUCUCGGCUAUAGUGAGUAGCGGCGUAAGCCAGCGUACGGAAUCAACAGUCAGUGAAUUACGAAAUUAUCCUGGAUAUGAACUCUUCGACGUUUGUCGGGAAUCCGAAUGUCAUGGUUGCAGGGCCACCUCCACCGCCCCCUCCUCCACCUCCCGUAACUGGUCACUUACCAGCUAUGAGGAUAAAUACUGCUGAGAACGCAGCAAGAAGGCCGCAGGUAGUUAGCAACGAUGUUUACGAGCCGCCAGCAGCCAUCCAGAAUGCCAUGCUGACGAAGGAUAAGAAACCCUUUACUUAUACCCCGGGUAUGGGUGGCAAAUUGGAUCUCUCGCAGAUUCGUAGUCCGCGAAUGGCGAGAAGAGUGGCGAAAAAUGCCAAUGACGAGGGUAUAGAGGGUCCACCGAAAUCCGCUCUCGAGCCAAAGCAGUCGCCUGCAGUCUCUCCCGCAGCAAAUCUCUUCAUGCCUCAGGUCGCGGUGCCUGUUUUUCCUACCAACAUACCACCCCCUCAGCCUCAUGUUAAUAGGAUGUCACAAUCACCUUCAGUCAAUAGAACAUUGUCGAACGCUGUUGAUAGACAAACCGAGCCAGCGAGGAACGUUGUGAAGAUAGACACGAAAGUAGCACCGGUCACCGUCACGUCCAGUCAGUCGAGCACUCCUGAAAGUCCGGGUACCCCAACUCAGGUCACUUUAGCCAAGGCUCCUACACCUUGGAUGCAAAAUAAGAGCAAGCCCCAGGAAGAAUUGCCCGAAUGGGCUAAACGCACGAGCGCCAAUAAAACGAUUGGCGAUGAUUCGUUCGAGAACGCAGUUUCCCCGACUUACGUUCAAGUCCAGCAAUCGUUUCCGCAAGCGAAUCAAAAGCAAGAGCAAAAACCAUAUUCGAUGCCGCAGGGUCAACAAAUGAAACCGCAACAACCGCAGCAGCAGCAGCCACAGCAGCAGCAGAAGCAAAGGCAGAAUACCAAUUUAACGAAUUCGCAGUCGCACGAACGCGUUAUACCCGUCCGAAUCGAAGACAGACCAUCGGUAUUCGAUGUGAAGCGUGACUCCGGUCAUCAUCAGUUUAAACAGCCUGCCACUAUGCAUCAUCAGCAACGAUGGGGUCAAGUGCCCGCGCAGCAGACAUUCGAAGGUCAGCCACAGAAUCAUCCGCGAGAUCAAAAGCAGUCUCAGAUUCAUGUCACAUCCCCAACUCGGCCGGAACAAUCGACUGGAACGACUUACAUCAUCCCUCUCGUAGUGGAAGGUAGCGAGAAGAGAACGAUGCCGGCAAAUGUGGAAAAUAAUAUCAAGAUCGGAAAACCACCAAGAGUUGUGCAACAACGAAGUCUCGAUCUCAGCCAACAACACGAGCCUGGUCCGAUUCAGUCGCGAUCAUUUCGUGUCCUCCAAAAAAUAACGGACACGGACGAACUCAAUGAUGUUGGUUCAGAGCAAAUACGUAGAAUGGAAUUAAGUGAAGACGAAAAAGUACUCAUGAAUAAAUUUAAAGAACAAGUCGAUCAAGAGACUUAUCUUCAUCAAGAGAAAGAUCCAAGAUAUCGUGGUGCGGCAAUACCUUCACGAGCUUUCCGAUUUUUACAAAAUAUGACGGAGUCGAAUGAUCCUUCGGUAAAUUGCACUGUGCCACAUAAUGUACAGAACGUUGCAAAUAAGCGGCAAAAUAGGAAUUCUAAGUCGUUCGAGGAGACACAAGCGAAUUUGCCGCCUAGCGAACAACAAGCACCAGAACCGAAGAAAUACACGGGUAGUGCAAUUCCUUCUCGAUCCUUCAGGAUAUUACAGGCGAUGACAGCAUCAGAAAAUGAUGCCACACAAGAAAAUCGUCAAGCAGAUUACACCUGUCGAACAGAGAAUAACUUGCCGGGCAAUCAGCAAGACGCAUUCUUCUCCCCUCGACCCGUUUCCUUCUGGUCGCAUUCCGACGGUUGGUGGAGCUAUUAUCCCGUGCAAUAUAACGCUCCAUCCAACACGUCCGCGAACGAAGCGGACGUGCGCUCCUUUCCUUACCCACGAUAUCCAGACGAAAACGCGUGCGUGGGGUAUGAAUUUUUUUAUCCGAUUUACGACGAGAGCUUGGCGGACGCGGCACGGAUGAAAGACCAGGAUUCUCCCGCGGGCCAGUACGGCUACGUUGCCGUGUUCUGCCCUCAAGCGGGUUACAACGACGUUCAACGACGAUCGCACGUUGACGCGAAUAACGGCGAUUAUUACGUUCACAAUUUACGCGACGUCGCUACUCCAUUUGUUGUCCAUUCGUCUCCCGCUCAGAACGACAGAUAUUUCGCGCAAGACGACUCGGUGAAUGAAUCAAGAAACACCUUGCCCGACGAGAUCAAUCACCUGGACGCACAGUCGAGUGGGACGUGCAAUUCGAAAAGUGACCGCGAGAACUACGGCAACAGUGACAAAAAUUGCGUCAAGACGGCGAUGAACAUAGUCGACGAGGAGGACGGCGCGUCGGACAGGGACUGUCGGGACGAUCAAACUGCGAUGUCUAAUAACAUCGAGAAGUCGAAAAAAACAUUCGGCCUGCAUAUCAGUAUGCCCAAUUACACGUACAUAGACACCAGCGAUUCCAGCGAAUCCAGCGAUUGCAGCGAGUCCAAUAGCGAUUCUGCUAGUGACUCCAGCGAGUCUAUCUCCGACAACGAGCACUUUUCCUGCCGGAAAUACCGUAACGAUACCACUUCCAAUAAUACAUUGUCCAACAGCGAUUCGGAUUCGUACGAAGGUUAUUCCAUGGGUUCGAACCCUUACGAGAUACCGAAGAGAAAUGUCUCUCUCGAUGAAAAUCCCGAUCUCGCUGCUUAUUCGGAACGCUCGGUCAGCGCCGACGAGUCAUGUAGACGUUCGCAAAACGAUUCCGAGGGUAGCGCUCGCGGUGACGAGGUACUUCCUGAGAGGAACGAUUUUUCAAACGGCCGAAAUUCUUGCGAAACGUUAAAACAGGACUUCACGUGCGUCGCGUCGAGGGGAUGCAACGACGAGGACUGUGCCGAUAAUCAAAGCAAUCUCGAUUCUUGUCCCGGUAAGACGAAUUCCGUAGGCAAUCGCGCGUCGAAUGCGGAGCAGCGCGAUCAAGAGAGCCCGGUAACCGACGUCGGUCCUCAUCAGUUGAGUGUAAUUCACGAGGACGUGGAACGAUUGAGUUCCGAGAGUCGCGAGAGUAAGAAGAAGAUCGACGGACGGAGCGAGGCUUCCAUCGAGAUGACCGACGAUCCGCCCGACGACGCCGAGGCCACGAUGGUCAGCGUGAGUUUGCCCCUGAAGUUCAAGUUCUCCGUGUCCGAGGAUAACGAGGACAUCACCACCGUGACGGUGGGCAACAGUAAGAUAAAGGCGGAGAGAUCCUGCGGCGGAUGUCCCGCGAGGAGCGACGCGGACGACGAUGUUAGCGCGAAUUUCCACAUCGGCAACGACACCAGCGUGAAUUUCACCGUGAAGAGACACGUGUCGGACGCGAGCGCAGGAAAUGAGGCGAGUAUCGAGACCGCGGUACCGCACGUGGAUUUCACUUUCAAGAAAGAUCAAGAAAGAACGAACGUCAGCGGAGCUGACUGCGAGGAACAGAACACGGAACUCUCAGCUACGGAAACGGGAUGCCACGAAAUAAACUCUGUGGAAUCAGCGCCGAAGAAUGCCGAUGACUGUAUCGCUUCCGAGUUGGCUACGGAAGUCGAUAGAGAGGGCUCGAUGAAUAAUGAAAAUUGUAUUCAAGAUCCAGAAUCUGUUCGUAAUAAUUUCGAACCCGUCGCGUCCGAGAGUUCCUGGACGCAAAACUUCGAAACACUUCAGGCGGUCAAUACGAAUCAAACGGACCAGCAGGACUGUUGCGCAAUUGCCGAUAACAAUGACGAUCGAUGCGUCGACCCGGAACACUGUCAGGCGGAGAUGAAAGACCUGCUGAGCGUCCAAGACUCUCGCGAGGACACCGACGACGAGGACAGCGGAGUCACCUCCGACAUAAGCCGGAUGAUAUCCGAGAUCGACGCGGAGUGCCGCGAGAUCGACACGGACUCGGAGUGCACCGUCACGAAGAGCCGAAAGAAGUACCAACGAACGCAGACGCACUCGCGACUCUUUCGGCUUCUGAACGACGAUUCCACGGUGUCCGACUGCACGGCCGGGACAGAGCCCUGCUCCAGGAAGGAAUAUCUCAGCCUGCCGCUCAGGACGAACGCGUUCAACUACGACGACAGUUACUGCUCGAACUACUCCAGCGGUUUAACAUCCCCCGAGUACUCGCCGAUUCACGAGCAGUCCUGUCGAAAGUUUCACGACGCGACGACGAACGGAAACAUCGUGAAUCUGCCAGACUCCAAGCUCCAUCAGCCGGAUGUUCCUUCGAUAGACAAUUCGUAUUAUCUGACUUGGCGGAGCACGAAUUUACCCAGCCCACACGCUGCCGAGCACGACGUUAUGCCUUCUCUAGCCUUCAAGAUCCUCAACAGUAAGAUGCCUUUCUGGACCUACAAGGUGAACGUAUUGUGCCCGAGAAUCAAGAGCACGAAAAGCGUGCCGCAAGCCCUGCUGGCGCGGGAAAUCGACAAGAACUAAACGAUACUCUCGACGUCGCGGUGAUUCCUCCUAUCCCAACGUCCUUGUGCGAACACUUAAAAACCAACUUAUUGCUGAUGGCCCUAGGGCAGAAUGAGGCCGGUGCGAGCGACCGCUCUCCACGAUCCACGGACAUAUUUUUUUCUCGAUUCUCUUCACAAGACAGGGCUGAGCAUAUGCCCAAGGCGCUCUACGGGCUACGUGAUUUUUUUUUCCAUCGGUACAUAUCGUUUCCAUAUAUUCGUGUAUCAUUCUUGAUUUCUUCUCCAGAUUUCCCGCUUUCCUUUCUUUCGUUUUUUUUUUGUCAUUUAUUAUACAGUUGAACCUCUAUAUUUGUAACAUAUCGCGAUCGAUUGUCCUAUUUUUAGCACUUCUUUUUAAACCCAUUCUUACUUCAAAAUAAUGUAUGCGUAAUGUAAAAAAUAUUGACACAAUAAUUGACAUAGAUACGCAUAUCUUUUUUUUUGCUCGCGAUUUUC